AUGAAGAGAUUCAUGGUGAUGCAACCUCCAUCUUUUAAUGGAGAGCCCAAUGCGGAAGUAUGUGAGCAUUGGUUGAAGAUGAUGAAAAUAAUUCUGGUGAGGCUGGACAUACUUGAGGAAAGGAGGGUAAGUCUGGCGGUAUACAUGCUUGUUGACAAAGCUGAUUUUUGGUGGGAAUCAAUGAAAAUAGUGUACAACACAGAGGUGAUGACUUGGGAGGAAUUUGAGAGAAUCUUUCUAAGCAAAUGUUUUGGAGAGGUGGCUAAGCAUGCCAAGAGGGUGGAAUUUGAGCACCUCAUCCAAGGAACUAUGUUGGUGCUGGAGUAUGAGUCUCGCUUUUUGGAGUUGUCUAGAUUCGCUUUGGGGAUGAUUAGUGAGGAAGGAGAAAAGACCAAGAGAUUCCAGAAGGGGUUGAGGCCUACUAUUAGAAACAGAUUAGUCCCGUUGGCUAUAAGGGACUAUUUUGAGUUGGUUAAGAUGGCUCUGUUGGUGGAGCAAGACAUUGAGGAAACCAACCAAAUUUGGGAGCAAAUGGGGGAUAGAAAAGGGAAACAAAGAAUAUGGGAGGUGAGUAGAGUGCUCAAAGAGUGGCUAAUACUAGAGUAUGUUAUGGUUGUGGAACAGGAGACCACUUAUGGAGGGCCUGCCCAUUGCGGGGUGCACAGUAGGCUCGACCUCAGCCUCAGGGAGGUUCCUAGCAGCAGCCAAUAG